UUCUACUAAAGGUAAUAUUGAAAUAUAGUUGAAAAUUGCUCAAAAUGUUGAAAAUAACAAUUAUCAUGGUGUUUAUUGGAUUAAUAGUAUUGAGUGAAUGCCAACCGGGAAAUGGAUGCGGAGAUGGUAGUGAUGGUAGUAGUGGUGGUGGUCGACGUGGGGGUCGUUUCGGGAGCGGACGUGGAGCUAAUGGACAAGGAUUUGGAGGGUCCGGCAGUGGACGUC